GAAAAGCAGAAUGCUUUGUCCAAACCCAUGUGGGAGCCCUGAACGCAAGACCUUCUCACACUCCCUGAGGAGUCUGGAUGGGUCUGGGAUGGGAUGAGGGUGGGGUUUUGGGUCCUCCCAUCUAGCCAGCUAUUAAAGUGGACAGUCCUGCUCACCACCCCAGCCCCACCUCUGGGACAGCUUCAGUCUCUCUUGCCCACUUGUCUGUCCAUUGGUCCAUCUGUCCAUCCAUCUGGACAGGUGCUCAUCAUGGACCAUACAAGCAUGCGCAUUUUGUCUUCCUGCUGCAAGAUGUCAGACAUCCUGGCUGAGGGCAUCACCAUUGUUGAGGACAUCAACAAGCGGAGGGAGCCCAUCCCUAGCCUGGAGGCCAUUUAUUUGUUAAGCCCCACGGAGAAGUCUGUGCAGGCCCUGAUUGCAGACUUCCGGGGGACCCCGACCUUUACCUAUAAAGCAGCACACGUCUUCUUCACAGACACCUGCCCUGAGCCUCUGUUCAGUGAGCUGGGCCGCUCCCGUCUGGCAAAGGUGGUGAAGACGCUGAAAGAGAUCCAUCUUGCCUUCCUCCCCUAUGAGGCCCAGGUGUUCUCCCUGGAUGCCCCUCACAGUACCUACAACCUCUACUGCCCCUUCCGGGCAGGUGAGCGGGCACGGCAGCUUGAGGCACUGGCCCAGCAGAUCGCCACACUUUGCGCCACACUGCAGGAGUACCCAGCCAUCCGCUACCACAAGGGCCCAGAGGAUACAGCCCAGCUGGCCCAUACAGUCCUGGCCAAGCUGAAUGCCUUCAAGGCAGACACUCCCAGUCUGGGUGAGGGCCCUGAGAAAACCCGAUCACAGCUGCUGAUUAUGGAUCGGGCAGCCGACCCCGUGUCCCCACUGCUGCAUGAGCUCACGUUCCAGGCCAUGGCCUAUGACCUGCUGGACAUUGAACAGGACACGUACAGGUAUGAGACCACUGGGCUGAGUGAGGCCUGUGAGAAGGCUGUGCUGCUGGAUGAGGAUGAUGACUUGUGGGUAGAGCUUCGGCACAUGCACAUCGCAGAUGUAUCCAAGAAGGUCACGGAGCUUCUGAAGACAUUCUGUGAGAGCAAGAGACUGACUACGGACAAGGCCAACAUCAAAGACCUGUCCCACAUCCUGAAAAAGAUGCCACAGUACCAGAAGGAGCUGAACAAGGACUUGGCCAUGGGCUCCGACGCAGAGGGUGAGAAGAUAAAGGAUGCCAUGAAGCUGAUAGUGCCAGUGCUGCUGGAUGCAGCAGUACCUGCCUAUGACAAGAUCCGGGUCUUACUGCUCUACAUUCUUCUACGGAAUGGUGUAAGUGAGGAGAACCUGGCCAAGCUGAUCCAGCACGCCAAUGUGCAGGCCCACAGCAGCCUCAUCCGGAAUCUGGAGCAAUUGGGGGCCACUGUCACCAACCUUGGGGGCCCUGGGACCUCCAGCCGGCUGGAGCGGAGAGAGCGCUUGGAGCCCACCUAUCAGCUGUCCCGCUGGACCCCAGUCAUCAAGGAUGUGAUGGAGGAUGCUGUCGAGGACCGGCUGGACCGCAAGCUAUGGCCUUUUGUGUCUGACCCUACCCCCAUGCCAAGCUCCCAGGCUGCAGUCAGUGCCCGCUUCGGCCACUGGCACAAGAACAAGGCUGGUGUGGAGGCACGUGUGGGGCCCCGGCUCAUCAUCUACGUUGUGGGUGGGGUGGCCAUGUCAGAGAUGAGGGCCGCCUAUGAAGUGACCAGGGCCACCGAAGGCAAGUGGGAGGUGUUAAUUGGCUCUUCACAUAUCCUCACUCCAACCCGCUUCCUGGAUGACCUCAAGACACUGGACCAGAAGUUAGAGGACAUUUCUUUGCCUUGACCCUCCCACCCCACUCCGACUUGCACUCCCCCCUUUCCAGAAAAAUAAAUGCCUCUCUUCUGUCUGGGGCCAGCACCCACCUUGCUUUCU